AUGAUAUUCCACGUAGACAUACGGCAUCUGGUAGCGGUGGCAGUUGGUCCAGUCGAUGUCGAAGAUGAGGACGAGGAAGAAGAGCUUGAUGUCGGCGAGGCGGAUGUGCUAGCUGGGCCUGUAGACGUAGAUGAAGACGAUAGCAGCGAUGAAGAAGGCGAAGAAGAGGAAGAGGAUGAUAACGAUGAUGAGGUAGACGAAGAAGUCGACGACGACGACGAUGAAAGCACCGAAGACGAGGACGAAGAGCUUGAAGCGAUGCUGGAACUGCUAGAUGAAGUGCUCGACGAGCUGGACGACAGGCUGGACGAGGAACUAGACAAUGUAGAAGUGCUCGAGCUCACGACUGACGAGCUUGAGCUGGAUAGAAGACUAGAAGAGCUUGAGCUCGUGCUUGUAGGAAUAUCAGUCGAUGACGACGCUAGAAGGCUUGAAGUUGAGCUCGUCACAGCCAGGCUAGAUGAACUCGUGCUUGUGAUAAUGCUGCUCGAGGACGAAGAAAUCAAGGAGCUACUGCUGCUGCUCGAGACCACACUGGACGAGGUUGAGCCAACUAGCGAGCUUGAAGACAGCGAUGAUGACGAUAAUACAAGACUGCUAGAUGAUGACACUGAGCUGCUCGAAACCGUCGAACUAGUUGAAAGAACCGACGACGAAGUUGACGUCUGUAGGGAGUAUGUAUAA